AUGUCGGAUCUCUACGCCUCGCCACCCGACCAUGCUUAUCUUGUUGCGACCCCCUUUGAUAUGCCGACCGAGACGGGGAGCAUAUGGGCGAUAGCAUUCACCAGCAACAGCAGCCGGUUCCUCAACGCGGCGCUUGCCAUCAUCUUCACGCUCAUUUUCCCAUGGCUCUGGGGCCUGAUUUGCGUUGGAGCCCUACUAUACACUCCACACAAUCCAUCGCGUCGCCGUUCUGUUGCUUUAGUUACCCUAUGCAAUGCGCGCGAGCCCUGGUCCGCUUUCAAAAGCCUAGCGGUCUACACUUACGACUCCUUUCGUUUUGUCGUCGGCAACGAGACCGAACAGACUACAUCCUGGAAUGACACCCUAUACGGCCUUGCAUUCUCCUUCAUUGCUCUUGCUAUCUUUGCCGUCAGCAUGACGAUGGGUAUUAUUGGCCCUUCUUUCUUGCACAUCGGCAAUGUCGCCCCAGUACGGUCGACCGUGCUCUCUCUCGAUGAGGUUCCACCCCCCGACCUGCGCGACAAUCUCCUCAACAGGAAUUACGCCUCUCUGCCGGACAAGACAGUUAAGCAGGCUGUGGGAGGCGUGGACUCUGCCGCGGAUACAAUUCGGUCAAAGGUGUAUGUCUCAGUCGAUGGCCCUAAUAGGACGGACAGCGUCGCAGCCAAUGGCUCUGAGGUGACGGGCAACGUGACGGUCAAGGUAACGUAUGGUUAUAGCAUGACCGGCCUUGACCUUGGCCUACCACACGGAUCCGACCUUGAAUAUUCAGUCAACGGCUCCUGCAUCACCGAAUAUAAAUGGGUCCGAGAAUUCACAGACGAGGACAACUGGAGCCACGACUUUUACCGCCUCUGGCCAGAGCACGAGGAUCUUGCUAUUGUCGACUUCUAUGCUGGCAGAGCCGGAAAUGACCGCUUCAGGCCAGCACUCUCGUGCUGGCAACAUGACAAGUGGACCUAUGGGACGGAGCGUGUCAACUCGAUCUUUGAUCUGAGGUUUCUGCCCAACAUGAAACUCCCAUCUGUGUUCCUCCAGGUUCUAGAGAACACUUUUUCUUACCCGAUAAUCAAGACAGUCGGCAGCGUUGCCGGAAUGAACGCCCUUGACGCACCCGUACAGUCCUUUGGCGUCCUCGACGCAGAGCAAGCUAGCAUCGAGAGAGACAUGACGCGCCUGAUCAUGGCCAGCUACUUGAGUUCACUGAACGUCUUUGUCUACGCCACGACUGACAGCGGCGAACCUGGGCGCAACAACAUCUUCACGGGCGAAAACGGAGCUCCACGAGAAGGCGCCGAGCAGUUAGUCGUCCGAACCGGGAAUGUCGAGACAUACUCCCUCUCCGGUCUCAUAUCCCUAGCUACGCUCGUGGUAGUGAUACUCCUCAUCAAGCUGCUGCUUUUCCUCAAGCUCCUCCUUCACCGCGAUCACGAAACUUCGCGUACCACGGAAGGAGACUUGAUCGAAUAUGACGACCGAUGGACUCGGAUCAAGGCCAUGACUGCGACCCAGCUGCUCCGAAACGUCUACGAGAGCGGGCAGGGUUCGCCUCGAGCGGGCUGGAGUUGCGGCGAGGUGCUCCCUGACAUAACGGACACCAAGACCUUCAAGUUGAUCAAGUGCCGGGACGGCGAAACUUGCUGCGGCGGUCAUAUCGCAAAGGACCCGGAGAUUGUCGUCAGUCGGAGGGAGAGCUACAUGUCGGGCUCCGUCGCCCUUGCCGGUCAGGAGAAACAGAAAUCGCCGUAG